AGAUUAUAAGAAGAAUUCCUCCGAUGUCUCCCGGUUGCUCGAAUUUCCACAAAAUUGUGAAAAGAAGAAGGGUGCCAUUGAACAAUUUUACCGAGGGUACCAAAUGGUAGGAGGAUGGAAAACGAUAGAAAUAAAAUUUUAGACCGGGCAGUAACAAUAAUCCACAGAACUCUGGGGGUCUGCACUUUGCUCGUUGAACGAUCCACCAAUGGCUGGAUGGGUCGAGGAUAGGUUUCAUUCUGGAACGUUCAGGAUUGGUUAGAUUCUCCGCCCAGGGGUUGCAUCGAUCAUCCCCUUACCGCUUCACCAACCUCCGAUAUAUAAAGCAGCCUCCCCAGGGACACUGAGGAUAGUCUGAUUCCUUUGCCGUUCUCGUGUAUCCUUGGUUCCCUUCAUCCAAUCGUUGUGAAGUGAUCCUUGGGAAACUGGAAAUUAAUUUUAAUCAUAAUUAAUUGAAAGAAAAAAUUAUUAUCAUUGAAAGUUAUUAAUGAGCUCGUAAGAAGAAAGAAUAUCUAUGGCGAACCAUUCGAGUUACGAGUACGAAGAUAGAGGACAGAGGAUGAGACAUCGUGUUGGUACUACUUCCAGAGCGGCCGAUUCUACUGUGGCCUGCACUAGUAGUCAAUAUUACGUGGGCCCAAGCAGUGAUAUUAGCGAGGAAGAUCUGGCAGAGUUGCCUUCUUGUGUUUAUGCGGGUAGAUCCACUCAACACGUUGCACACACCUCUUCACAUACUCAUUCUCCUCUUCAUUAUCAUAUGCCAGUUUCUACACCUGAUCAUAACGAUACAGAGAUAAAUGGUGUAGAAGAGGGGUACUAUCCAAAUGGUAGUCCUUACAGAAUUCAACGACAUGCCGCCAACAUACGUGAGAGAAAACGUAUGCUGAGCAGCAUCAACUCGGCUUUCGACGAGCUUCGAGUACAUGUACCAACGUUUCCAUACGAAAAGAGGCUAUCAAAAAUUGAUACUUUGCGUCUGGCUAUAGCAUACAUUGCACUACUUCGAGAAGUAUUAGCUGCUAGGCUUGAUCCAUUAACUUACGUUGAAAGGUGCCUUAGAGGAGAAAUAAAUGGGGAACGUGCUGAAUGGAAUACCAGCGAUUUGACAGCACGUUUAUCAUGGAUAAAUUGGGAAAAUCUAGGCGUGAAUCCAAAUCGACGAUCAGUCUUAACUACACUCGCUCUAACGACAGACAAUAUGAACUUAUUACUGAACACAAGAUUUGAUUACCAGAUGACACUAUUGUUCCCAUUAUUGGAAACAAAAGCAUGUGACACGUGUCCUGAAAACGAAAUAGAAGAUUCAAAGAAAAUGGGAUCAAAACAAAAAAAUUUUAAUGACAAGGAUGACGAUGACGUGAGCGUGAUAGCUGUGAUAGGAAAAGAAAACGAUCGAACUUCACGACAGCAGCAAGAUGAAGAACUGGAUGAGAAACAAGAGGAUGAACGAGUGUUCGAGUUGAGUGACGAACGAUCCAAAAUGGCACUUCGGAAGCAACUCGAUCUGGGAUCGUUAUCGACCGAGCUAGGUAAUGUAGCACAGAAUUACUAUGAGGGCAUAGAAAUUUUGCAAAAGCUGCCUCCAGGAACAAUAGUUAUUAAACAAGAAAAGAGAUAUAAGGAUGAUAGUGAUUACGUGCGGGAUUCAACGGAAAUCAGUAGUGGCGGAUCGACUUCAAGUAAUGGAGUAACGAAAGUUAAGAGGAUUUAUCGAUCUACGAGGAAAAAUCGUGGAACCACGGAAGUCAGAAGAAAUCCUAUACGUGUUACAAAAAAAGAACCAGAUAAAAAUUUUUCUCGGCCAAGGCAACGAUUGCUUUCUGCAAAACGGAAGGAAAUGCUCUUUAACUCUGAGCCUACUAAACGUGGAAAAUCUUCUACGAUGCCCUAUAUGAACACAAGAUCUGUUACUCGUAAAAUGUAUAAUGUGGGAGCAACUUAUCAAGCACCCACUUUAAAAGAUGAAACAGAAUGGAAAGAAUGGCCAGUUCAUGGUAUGCAUGAACGACCAGUAUUUCAUCCACAGAUUGGUCUAGCUGCAGAAUAUUUAGGACGUUAUUUUACGAGUUUAGAUGGUCUCUCUUAUCGAGAAAUAAUCGAUCGACCGGAAAUAGAAGUGGUAUCCGUAGAUCCUCAUUGUGAUUAUCUUUCUUCAUCUACGGAAAAAAAAAGAGAUAAAAAAACAAAAUCUAAUAAAAGUUGUCCCAAUUCUAAGAAUACAAAAAAACCUUCUAUGGAAUCGUCCGAAAAGAAUAAAUCUUUUGAAAGUUGCAUGCAUGAAAGUUUUCACUGCGUUCUAGGUUAUUGUUCACAAGUAAUGACACCAACUUAUAAAAUGAAUGUAGAAGGAAAGAUAAACAUGUUAAAUGAUAAUAAAAAUUUAUCUAAUAUUUCUAAAGAAAUCGAUAAAGAACCGUCUAAGUCGAAUAUCAUUGAUCGGAAUUCUAAACGCGAAUCCUCUGUUAGUUUUAAGGAAAAUUUACAAAAAUCAAUUGAAGAAAACAAGUUCCUUGAUAAUUGCGGAAUUACUAUGUUCCCACAAAAUGUUAAGAGCUUUACUCAGGUUCCAAAAACGCGUUUGUUUCCAACUCAGAAGGUUUACAUAGCUAAUUCUUCGAAAUCCAUUGCUUUUACCAAUCUAAAAACGCUUCAAGGAGGACAUAUGAAGAUCCAAGAAGUAAUACGAUCUUCUAAAAGUCCUUUUAUUCUAGUAAAUCCUCCUGAUUCAAAAGAAACACCACUUUUAAAACCGUUCACAAGCAAUAUAAAUGUGAAUAAAGCAGAAGAAUUUCCUGCCAGUGAAGAAACUUUAGGUGAAGUAACAUCUAUAUAUAAGAAUGUAUCUAAUGAAGAAUUGAAUGCAAAACAAACGCCUGUAAAACGAGGGAAUAAAGUAGAAUUUACAGUAACAAAAUAUCUUUUGAAUAAUAUGCAACAGAAUAAAGUUCAAGUGGGAAAAGAAUCAUCUUCGAUCGAAAAAAAAUUAUGUUACGAAACAACAUGCAGAGAAGUGAACGUUAAGACUAUGUCUGGUGGCAUAAGUAAAACUUGGUGUGCCGGUGAGACCUCAGAAAUAGCGAAAAUUCUUUCAGAAUAUAAUAAAAGUAAUCUAAAAAAGCCAGCCAUAGAAAAUCAAACUUUUUGCAAUAACAUUAAGAAUAUUAAGAUUAAAGAACUCAGUAAUAAAGAAGGAAAUGUGAAACAAGAUGUCCAAGAAAGUGUUAUGGAUAAAAAUGUGAAUAUAACCUUUCCUCAGGGAAAAUGGCGGCGAUUUCACUUAACUGUGGAGAAAUUGAAAGAUCUAAAAAGUAAUUCUAAUGAGAAAAAACAUUCUUUGGGAGUUCUUAAUGGACAAUCAUUAUUCAAAAUGGAUCAAACAACCGGAGAAAUCUCGUCUGAUAGAAAAAUUGAAAUUCCAAAGCAAUUAGAUAUGGUUCAGAUAAAUCAACCAUCUAUAAUGAAUUCCGAAAAGAAAGAAAAUACUUCGACAGUUAAUAGUAACGUAGAUACAACAACAAUGAAAACACAAUCUUUACAAGAAUUAUUAGAAGAUACGGCCAUGCUAUAUUGCGCCGCCACUGGAACUCAUCAAGAUGAUUUGGCUAAUUAUAUUGAUAACUUAGAUGCUGCACAGAGUAUACAAUGGUUGGAAACUUGUAAUGAUUUAAUUGCAUGAAUUAUUAUAUCAUAUAGAGAGAACAAUUAGUUGCAAGAUUAAUUUUUUUUAAUUUUAUGAUAAUGAAUCUUGCAAUUAUCUUUCAAGAGAUUAAUUAAUUUUAUUUUUUUUGUAAUUGUUAAAAAAAAUAUUUUAAUUAGGAUAUGUUGAGAAUGAAUUUGAGAGGAAAAUAUGCUUUCA